AUGGUGAACGUCCAGCGUCUAACUGCUGCUGUGUCCAUGGCCGUCGCCACCUUCGCCCAGGCAAACGAUGCCAACUUCAAGUGCACCGGCAUCAACUUUGGCAUCCGCGCUGGUCCGGACUGGGCCCCCGCCGAGGAGAAGUGCAAACCUGCCUCGCAGAUUGCCACGGAGCUUGCUGUGCUCAAGGGCGUGACCGACGUCAUCCGACUCUACUCUCUGAUGGACUGCAACCAGGCUACUGCAGUCGUGCCUGCAGCCAUUGAGGCUGGACUGAAGAUCGAGCUCGGUAUCUGGGUAGACGCAUCUACGUCCAGCUUCGAGGCCGAGAAGGCUGUGUUCAAGACUCUAUUGGAGACUGGUCUCGUGACCGCCGACAACAUCGUGGGUAUCCACGUGGGUAGCGAGGCCGUCUACCGGGGUGACGUUACGGUCUCCGUGGCCAUUGCCAACCUGGAAGAGAUCCGUGCACUGUGCCACGCCAACCCGGCAGCUGCCAGCAUCCCGCUUACUAUCGCUGACAUUGGCGACACGUAUACGGCGCACCCGGAGCUGAUUGAAGUGGUUGACUACGUGUCGGCAAACUACUUUCCGUUUUGGGAGUUAGCGGCCAUUGACGGAGCUGCGGACCACUUCUACGAGCGCUUCUCGGCACUCGUGAAGAUUGUCAGCACGUACAACAAGGAGGUGAUUGUGGGCGAAACUGGCUGGGCGUCGCAAGGCACGAGCGCUAACGGCAGCAUCGCCACGGAGGCAAAUGCCGCCAAGUUCUUCUACGAUUUCUACACGCUCGCGACGGAGAAGAACCUCACGUACUACUACUUCUCGGCCUUUGACGAGCCGUGGAAAUUGGCUACGCUGGAAGCUGGCGAGACGGUGGAGGCCUACUUCGGGCUGUUCACGGAAGAGGGUGUUCUCAAGGACGCCAUUGCGUCACAGUUUGGCGACAGCACGAAGUCUGUUGACAGCAGCGGAUUGCCUCCUACUGUGCCCUCGUCGGACGCCACUGCGGUGCAGGAGGUCGCAGGUGCGGACGAGUUGAGUGCAAAUGAGGUUAACUCUGGUAAGACAGGUGCGGAGGUCCCUGAGGACCCGACGAAGGCUGCCGAAACGACAAGCGCGGAGGUCCCUGAGGACCUGACGAAGACCGCUGAAACGACCGAGUCGCACGAGGACUGCGCCAUGUGA